AUGCACGACAACCGAUCUCAUCCUCUCCUCGAGCAGGUCCCACUGACUGUUUCUCCCUUCGUCCACCUCCCUCGCGCCACCACCCUCCCUUACCGCUACAAGGCCAUGCCUUCCGCUCUACCGCCAUCCAUCAUCGAGGCCGGCGGGCCCGGCGGAUCGGGUGCACCGGCCAAGGUCCCCUACGUCACCUCCCCGGCAGCCAACCUGUCUGCCCACCCCGACGACAUUCUGGCCAAAUGCCGCGCCCUCCAUGAGCACGUCGCCCGGCUGCAAGCAGACGCCGACGCCGAACUGCAGCAGUUCGAGCAGCGGAUCCAGGAACGCGACCUGGCGGAGAAGCGGCGCGUGGCGCCCGGCUGGCUGGACUCGGAGGACCGUCUGCUGGUACCCGAGAAGAAGGAGUCCGUCACCGGAUCGUCAGGAGACCGAGGGAGCGACAGCGGCGGCGACGGUUCUGCGGAACAGCCGAGCGAGAUGGCGGCAGCGGUGCCGGAGCAGACAACCUUUGCUGCGGCAGGCAGCGGCGGUGUUACGGGCGAAGCAUUAGAUCAAGCCUUUGGGAGCAUGCAGCUACGAAGCGGGUGA